AAUCAUAAGGAAUCGCCAAUAUGGAAGAGGAGGAAGAUAUCAAACCAGAAAUAAGGAAGCAUUUUCGGCCUUAUAGGACAAGUCGAGGUCAGCCAAUCGAGGGAUGCUGGGACCACGACGGGUUGUUUACUGACAUCGUCUAUGAGUUUGGAGAUAUUUGGCGCAAUCUUGAUGAAUGCAACAGGAAAACCUGCACCCGAGAUGGCACCAUACUCGAGGAAGUAUGUCCGAAACUAGAAGUUCCCGAGGGGUGUAUAAGACUCCGAGGUCAAACCCUUGAGCACCAGGACUUCCCCUACUGCUGCGACCGCGUAGUAUGCCCGGGAGAUGAGGAGUACACUGAAUACCAGAACGACUGGUUACGCCAAAUUACAGAUCGUUGUGAUGACAAGUACUGUGUGAGGGACAUAGGAGAGGAGUGGUCCGAGCACAAGUACGGAAUAUGCAACAGGAAAAGAUGCGGAAGAAAUGAGUACAGCGAACCUCACAUAUUCGAGGAAAAAUGUCCAAAAGUGGAUGUCCCCAAAGGAUGUCGUCUCGAGGGUUUUCCUGAUCUUACAAAAGAGUUUCCUGACUGUUGCCCAAAAGUGGUUUGUCCUCCAGGAGGAAUUGCAAACGAGAAGAAGUAUACCGCAAGCAAUAUGGAGGAACUGCUAAUGAGUGAUACAUACUUAGAGGAAGAAGAACGGAUGUAUAAUGAAAUUAUUUCCGGUGGUGACACACAAAAAUUCAAAAAAGAGACUACAAGUGAGCAACUCGAAAAGAAUUCGUUGAAAGUUGCUAAACAGGAAGGAAAGGAAGAUAGUACUCGUAACUCAACCAAAAUCGAAAAUAAGUUUAUUAAUUUAAAAACUCGAGAUGAACUUGUCACAAGAUUCAUGAAUGCAGCGUUUAUUUUAUUUAGAAAGAAUGUAAGUGACAAACAUGUAAAAGACAACCAAACAAGUUAUAUUAUAAACAAUGGGACGGUCAAAAGAUCAAGUAAAAGUAGAAACAAAAAAGACAAGGAAAGAAAGAUACAUGAUAAAGAAAGAAGAAGAAAACAUAAGACAAAAGACAAUUUGAAAGACCAGUUGGAUGAAGAAACAGUUAUAAUAAACGCAAACGGUGGUGAAAAAAGUAAAAAUGAGAAGUACAAAACAAAAGAUGAAAAAUCAACCAAAGCAAAAACUGAAGAAAAACUAAUAGGAAAAUUGAAAUCGACAAAAUUUGCUGGUACUGAAAAAGAAAACAAAGAAAGACGUUAUAAUAAAAAUGAACAAAAAGAGAAUAAAAACAAAGCAAAAAAGAGCCGUGAUAGCGGAAAAGAACUUUUGAAAGGACUAAUAAAAUUUCCAGAAACGUUUACUUAAAUUGUUAACUAAGUGUUACCUUUACUGAAAAAAAAACUUUAUAAAUAAAAUA